AUGCAGGAAGCAAGAAACAGGCUUCAGUUUUUGGACCUCAUAGCCACAUUUGCACAUAAGAGGCCAGCUGCGGUGAGGGGCAGGAAAAGAACGUGUUUGGAGCCCUGGGUUAUUGGUCUCAUCACCUUUAUAUCGUUGCUGGUCUUAGCAGUGUGCAUCGGACUCACUGUGCAUUAUGUGAGAUACAAUAAUAGGAAGACCUAUAAUUACUAUAGCACAUUGUCAUUCACAAGUGACAAAUUGUAUGAUGAAUUUGGAAAAGAGGCUUCCAAAAAUUUCACAGAAAUGAGUCAGAAAAUUGAAUCAAUGGUGAAAAAUGCAUUUCUUAAGUCUCAACUAAAGGAAGAAUUUGUCAAGUCUCAAGUUAUCAAAUACAGUCAAGGGUAUCAUGGAGUGUUAGCUCAUAUGCUGCUAAUAUUUAAAUUUCGCUCUACUGAGGAUCUUCGAAAUAUAAAUAAAAGUAUCCAACGUGUUCUACAGGAGAAGUUGCAAUAUGCUACAGGGCCCCCUAAGUUAGAUCCCGAAUCAGUAGAAAUUACAAAACUCAACAAGACAGAAACAGAUAACUAUCUGAACAGUUGCUGUGGAACUCGAAGGAGCAAAUCUACCGGGCAGGGUCUCAGGAUUGUUGGUGGCACAGAGGUAGAAGAAGGGGAAUGGCCAUGGCAAGCUAGCCUGCGGUGGGAUGGAGUCCACCGCUGUGGGGCCACGUUAAUUAACAGCACGUGGCUUGUGAGCGCGGCUCACUGCUUUAAGACGUAUAAGGAUCCCAGCAGGUGGACGGCUUCCUUUGGAGUGACACUGACGCCUUCUAAACGGAAGUAUGGCUUCCGGAGGAUAAUUGUCCACGAGCAGUACAACUCCCCGGCUCAUGACUACGACAUCGCAGUCGCAGAACUUGCUCGGCCCGUGCCUUACACAAAUGCCGUCCAUAGAAUUUGCCUUCCUGAUGCUUCUCACGAGUUCCACCCCGGGGAACAAAUGUAUGUGACAGGCUUUGGAGCACUGCACAAUGAUGGAAGCAGUCAAAAUCAACUUCGUCAAGUACAGGUGGAUCUCAUAGACACUAGAAUAUGCAAUGAACCUCGAGCUUACAAUGGUGCCAUAACUCCCAGAAUGCUAUGCGCCGGCUCCUUGAAAGGAAAUAAAGAUGCAUGCCAGGGUGACUCCGGAGGACCACUGUCCAGCCCAAAUGCUAGGGACAUCUGGUAUCUUGCUGGCAUAGUAAGCUGGGGAGAUGAAUGUGGGGAACCAAAUAAGCCCGGGGUUUAUACCCGAGUGACCGCCUUCCGUGACUGGAUCGCCUCUAAAACUGGUAUCUGA